ACCAAUCGCAUUUGCGGAUUGAAAGUUGGUUCCCGCCUUCCCUCCUCCCACGCGUCCAAACAGCCACGGCUGCCUACUCUUUCUGUCCUCAGUCAGUUCACUACUUCUGUUAUCUCUGUGUGGAGAACGACAACUGCUGCCCCAAACAAAGAAUCAUGGUCCAAGCUAAGGUGUGGGUCCUGGCCAAGCACUUUGACGGCUUCCCAAAGGACAGCGACUUUGAGCUCAAGGUGGAGGAGCUCCCUGCACUGAAAGAUGGGGAGGUGCUCGUGGAAGCAGUGUUCCUCAGUGUCGACCCAUACAUGAGGCCGUUCAGUCGGGUUCGCAUGAAUGAAGGCGAUGUGAUGAUCGGAACUCAAGUGGCCAAAGUGAUUCAAAGCAAUAACCCGAAAUUUCCUGUUGGAAGCCAUGUUGUUGGUCGAGGUGGUUGGAGGACCCAUACAGUUAGUGAUGGGACAGACCUCAUUCCCAUCAUGCCUGAGUGGCCGCAAGAUGUCUCGUUAUCCCUGGCUCUGGGUGGCCUCGGCAUGCCAGGACUGACGGCCGUCUACGGGAUAGAAGAAGUCUUGGGGCUCCAGAAGGGUGAGACCCUGCUGGUGAACGCCGCAGCGGGGGCAGUGGGCUCUGUCGUGGGCCAGAUUGCCAGGAUCAAAGGCUGUAAGGUGGUGGGCUCAGCAGGGUCCGAUGCCAAGGUGGCUUUCCUCAAAGAGCUGGGCUUUGAUGAGGCCUUCAACUACAAGACUGUCGGCUCCCUGGAGGAGGCGCUGAGGAAGGCGUCUCCAGACGGAUAUGACUGCCUCUUUGAAAAUGUGGGAGGCUCUUUCACAAGUGUUGCCAUACAGCAGAUGAAAAACUUUGGAAGAAUAGCCGUGUGUGGAUCCAUUUCCACGUACAAUGACACCAUACCCCAAACAGGCCCAUACCCCCACCUGACAAUGAUCUUCAAGCAGCUGAAGAUGGAGGGCUUCAUGCAGAGCAGGUGGGAGCACAAGCACCCCGAGACCCAGGGGAGACUGCUGGGAUGGUAUAAGGAGGGCAAACUGAAGUGUCGGGAGCACAUCACAAAGGGCUUUGAAAAGAUGCCAGCUGCUUUUAUGGGGCUGCUGCGGGGAGAAAAUGUCGGCAAGGCUGUGGUCGCAGUCUGAUGUGGAACAAUGGAGAAGAAUCAGUAUUAUUAACAACUGAUGGAUUAUAACAGAAUUAAUACAUGAAGGAGUGAGCAAUAGACACAGUUAACCAGCUAUUUUUAUAUUAACGUGACGUCCAUGAAAAAUGUGAUACAUCAUAUUUAACCUCAGUUUAGGAUUCAGUGUUAGAGUUAAGUCUGGCACUCUAAUUCUUUAAAAUGAGACCAUACUGCUAGUUUUGGGUUUUCAUUCAUAGUAAAACACCUCUUUUUGUAAUGCAUUUCAAACAUGAUGUGUAGAUCUGCUGCUGACAUCCAUACAUUAUUCACUGUAACGUGUGCUUUGUAUUCAGCAAGAACUUUUGUGUAGGUAAUAAAAUGUGGAGGUUUUCUCAAA